CAAAAAUCCUCUAUUGCCGCCAAAAACACUCUCCAAAUCGUUCUCCCUCGCUCUCUCUCUUCCUCCCAAUGAAAUCUCUUUGGGAUCUUCACGUCUGAAACCGAAAUCGGAAAGUCGACGAACUACAAAAGACCUACCUCUUCGUCACUGUCGUUAUUUUCUAGGGUUUCGAGCGCUGCCGCGAUCUCCGUCCUCUCGUUUUCUCCGGCGCAGUGGACAAACAGAUAUGCCUCCGUCUCCGACGCCGUCGCCGUAUCCGUCUCCUCCGCACACAACUUGCAGCUCCCUUCUACACGAGCUGCAGAUCAUAUGGGACGACAUUGGGGAAAGCAACAAAGAUAGAGAUAAGAUGCUACUAGAGCUUGAGCAGGAAUGCCUUCAUAUCUACCGCAGAAAGGUUGAGGAAACUAGGAAGUAUAAAGCUGAUUUGCAGCGGCUGUUAGCCGAAUCUGAAGCUGAAAUCGCCAACCUCACAUCUUCCCUUGGUGAACAAGUUUUGUUUUCAAGGGCAAAAGGAACUUUGAAGGAGCAGAUAUCCACUACAAAACCUGUAUUAGAGGAUUUGCAGUUGAAGAAGGAUCAAAGAUUCCGAGAAUUUACUGAAACAUUAACCAAAAUUAUGAGGAUUUCUUGUGACAUAGCUGGGAGUGAUUAUACAGUCUCUUCGAUUGAUCCAAAAGUCGGCGAGAGUGAUUUGACUCUUAGAAAGUUGGAGGAGUAUAAAGCACACUUGCACGAUCUUCAGAAUGAGAAGGCUCUUCGUCUUCAAAAGGUGAAUGCAUAUAUCAGUUCUAUCCAUGACUUGUCAGUUGUGAUGUCUUUUGAUUUCUCGAAGGCAGUGAGUGAUGUCCACGUAAGCUUGGCUGAUUUUGCAAAGAUUAAUUCGAGGAGCAUCAGUAAUGAUACUCUGGCUAGAUUAACAAACCUUCUAGAGUCUCUAAAGCAAGAGAAACAAAAGAGGCUCCAAAAGAUUAAAGGUUUGGGAGAAACAAUGCAAGAGCUGUGGAAUCUGAUGGACACACCUCUUGAUGAAAGGAGAGGAUUUGAUCAUGUCACUAGAUUUACUUCUGCAGAUGAUGAUAUUUUGGAGAAAGGAUGUCUUGGUCUGGAUGUCAUGGAGCAGGCUGAAGUGGAAGUUGGGAGAUUGAAUGCCCUGAAAUCCAGCAAGAUGAAGGAGUUGGUACUCAAGAGGCAGAGUGAACUGGAAGAAAUUUACAGAGGGGUCCGUCUGGACAUAGAUACUGAUGCCGCAAGGCAGACGCUUGUCAGCAUGAUAGAAUCUGGUGAUGUAGAUCUCUCCGAUAUUCUUAAGAGCAUAGAUGGACAAAUUGAAAAGGCGAAAGAGGAAGCUUUAUGCAGGAAGGAGAUCUUGGACAAAGUUGAGAAAUGGAGACACGCAUCAGAGGAGGAAAAAUGGCUUGAUGAAUAUGAAAAGGAUGAAAAUCGCUUCAGCGCUGUAAGAGGAGCGCACAAAAAUUUAAAACGUGCGGAGAAAGCCAGGAGCCUUAUGAACAAAACCCCUUGGAUGAUUGAAAAUCUGACUGCCAAAGUGAAAGCCUGGGAAGUUGAACGCGGAGUCCCCUUCUUAUAUGAUAAGUGUCCGCUCAUGCAAUCACUAGAGGAAUACGCUGUUUUACGAGCUCAAAGAGAAGAGGAAAAACGUCUAUUGCGGGAACAGAAACGGAUACAAGGACAACUCGCUAUGGAGAAAGAAGCAUUGUACGGUUCGAGAUCUGCCAAAAAGAAGCCGUUGGGCCAAAGUCUUAACUCGGAAAAUGUGACCAGAACUCCAAUUGGAAGACGGGCAAGUCGUCCUGGACUUUCGGGUGGCAAAGAACGGAUAGAAAGUGGCAGAGCCAACGUUCCAAUACCCUUGAACUUUGUUGCUCUUCAGAAGGAUGAGUGAUUCUCCAUAGGAAUUUAGGGUUUAGGAUGCUACAUGUUCUCGAACCUCGUCACUUGUUUGAAUCUAGGUAUAUUACUACUUCUA